UCCAUACCCCAAGGGUCGUCACACCCACCAACUUUGCAUUGCCCAUGACCCCAAGCGAAUCCACCACUAUGCCCCAAACCACCAGGCCAAAGGUCAUGGUUACUAGUGUGCCUCAACCAACGUUGACCUUUCUCAGGUCAGACACUCCGCAGAGACUGUUGUGCUUCAGUAUUACAUAAUAACUGCUAAUAUUUUUUUUUUUUUGCUGUGUUUUACAUUUUUGUCUUGGUUUUGAUUGAAAAUUGUCGCUGCCUCAUUUUAUUACAUUUAGUUUGGUUUUUGUUUAAUAUGUUGGCUUUUAUGGAUGGAUUAAUGUGCGUUGAUAAGUGGCCACAUACGGUUACUCAUCCAUUUGGCUCUCUCUUGAGCAGCAGUGAGCCUAGGCCUCCUCAGAAGGCUGCUAGGAGGUCUGCGUCUGCUGACGUCUACAUGUACGAUGACUCAGAGGAAGAUGAUGAAACUGGUUAUGCUGAUCCUGUUCAUGAUGACCUUUAUGCUCGUAAAGUGGGCUUAACAGAAGCCCAGUCCAUUUCCACUGCCCACUAUGAUAAAUUUCUCCCAAAGUUUUGGACACCAGAGGAAGACAUGCAUGUGCAGAAAAUCAGACUGGGCUCUCAGCGUCGGCCCUGGUACAGAAAGAUCCAGGGCUUCAGCCAGAAGAAGUCUGGCUCAUCCUCAGAGGACUCCGAAUGUGAUUCCGACCACACAGCCACUCAUGCUCACUCAAGACACCUUUGGAGCCCAAAGAUUUCAGCUCCCUGAUUUUUGGCCCAGGCCGGACCCCACUUCAGGCCCAAGACUCAUUAGGUGCAAGAGACACCCACUAUUAGGGCGAGAACACCCUAAUGACCCAUACAAUGUAUCUGAGGACAUUCUCCCUGACUUGGAAAAUGAUGACAUGUUUAGCCGCCGCACAUGUGCCUUCUACUCUAACACUGAGCUGGCCAAGAUGAAAUAUGGGGGUAUACUUUCCUUACAUCACAGGUCUGAGCCAUGUAUCAGAUUGGUCACUCAGCAUAGUGAUGUCAAAUCUAAGUACCCGGACAUUGAGAAAGACGAUGUGGCCACUCGCAGGUUACAGCAUCAGUGUAAACAGCGCCCCCUUUCAGGAGCACCUGAUAUCUAUCACCCUGUGCCUAUUCCUGACCUCUGGGUACAGCAACAGAAACUGCAGGCCAAAAUAUCCCCCCCAGUACAGGUGGCUUCCCCGAUGUAUCCAAAACAGAAGGGGACCGAACAUCAAAAAUCAGAUGAUAUGGUAGUUAGGAAGCUUGGAAUUGCACAUGUCCAGAAUCCCACUGAGGUAUCUCAGAGGUCACUUGGAACUCAAACAGGCCCGAGUGUACCUUCAGUCUGCAACGAGGAAGAUCUCCAAAAAUGGCAAGCCAUCAGAGAGGCCAGUCGCCUAAGAUAUAAGAAGAAGCUGAUGGUUGAGAGACUGUUGCAAAAGAACUCAGAUAGUGAUGGGGCUAAAUCACUGAGUGACAUCCAAGUUGAGCAGGCAUUACAACAGGUUCAGUACGAAGAUCUGCAAAAGGUCCGUGCCAAGGUGAAGGAGAAUGAAGACAGGUGGCAGGAUGAUCUGACGAAAUGGAAAAACAGGCGCAAGAGUGUUAACUUAGAUAUCAUGAAGAAAAAAGAAGAGAGAGAGCAGAUCGAGAUACUUACUUCAGGGAGCGGCACCAGGAAAUCAAGGACGUUCAAGGAAAUGGAAGAGGAGAGGGAAAGCCGAGAGCCAGGCUACAGGAGUCGCUUCGCUUCCUUGUCCACAUCUGAUGACCAAGAUGUCUUUGAAGAACCCACACACAAGACCAGGGUUUUACCAAGCCGCAGCAAUACUGUGGAUAAUCCCUACUCCCUGAGACGAUCUAAAGUGCGCUCUCUUCCCAGUUUGCUAGACGAUGAACCUAAGACUGGCAGCAUGCCAACAGAUGAGGCAGAUGCGCCAUCCGGUCCUGUCCAGUCCAGCUCAGGGAGCAGCCUUCUGGAUGAUCCGGUUCCAAUCAGCGUCAUUAGCAAACCCAGGCUACUAGAGCCCACCAGCAACACUCAAUCAACUCGCACCAGCACUAUCAUCAGCAGCCCAAAACUAGAGGCUAAAAGCAGCUCAAAACCAAUUACAGAAUCCAACAUCUCUGCUAAACCUACCCCUGCACCUAGGCAAGGCCAAAGUCAGGCAUCCUUGUAUAAACCAGUUUCAACAGAAAUGAAGCAACCCAUUGCACCUCAGGUUUCUGCUUCACUUCCGAGGAGCUACCAGAGAUCAGAUAGUGCACGCAUCACUUCUGUUGUCACUCCCAGACCAUUUGGUGCCUCAGCUACCAAAGUUGCAUCCCUGCCCCGUGCCUAUACGGUAGGUGACUCUCAGAAGUACUUUAAUGGUGAGACAAAGAGUAGUAGGCAUACUACAAUUAAUUCCCAGACCAGUUCCGUACAAAGCAGUAAUGAGAAUGAAGGGCAAGAAGAGGAGCAAGUGGUUCCCCCUACACAGACCUCCUCAGCUGUCACCCCGGUCAGCCGUGUAGCUCCACAACCCAAAGUGUUUCCUGUCAACAGUACACAGCAGGAAAGCUACAAUGAAAUGAGGAUCAGCCUGAACCAAAAACCCAACAGCAGUAAUGACUUUGGCUUCCAGACUAACUGGGACUCCACAGGAGCCGUUGUUAAAUCUAUAAAACAAGACAGUCCAGCAGAGCUGUGCCACCUGCAGGUCGGGGAUAAGAUUUUGGCAGUGAAUGGGCAGAAGGUGGCAGACAUGAGCUAUGAACAGUGGAAAAGGAGCAUGGAUGAAGCCCUGAAGGAUGGUAGCCUGUUUAUGGACAUUCGCAGACAGGGAAAGAACAACUGGGGCAAAGACCUACCUUCCCUUCCAUUUAAAAGACAUAAGGUCAUCAAUCUCACCAGUACGGAUCCUCUAGGUUCCCCUGAGCCAUAUGCCAACAUGAGCCUGGACUUCACCUCACGCCGAGGCAUGGAUCCCAAUGUGAAACCUCUGAAUGUCAGCUCCCAGCCUGUCAAUCGUCUGCCAUCCACUGGCAUUAAUGGUGGAAUUAAUGAGGAACCUGUGCUUCUGAGAAACGAAGAACCCAUUUCUUUAAAAAACCUUAAAAGGAGAUCGGAGUUUUUUGAACAAGGUGGAUCUGAAAAUCAGAUCACAGACCUACCAGUUCCCUCUCACUCAGCCUCCUCUACUCGCUGGUCCUGGGACCCAGAGGAAGAGCGCAGGCGACAGGAAAAGUGGCAAAAAGAGCAGGAUCGCCAGCUCCAGGAAAAGUAUCAACGCGAUCAAGAAAAGCUAAAGGAGGAGUUUGAAAAAGCCCAGCAGGAGGCUGUAACAGAAGGCACAAAACAAUAUCAAGAGGAUCUGAGGAGCCUUGAGAUGGAACGCGAGGCCUCAAGACUCAAAGAGGAAGAGGAGAAGAGGAGGAGAGAGGAGGAGAGGAAGAGAAGGGAGGAACAGGUGCGCCUUGAGGAGGAGAGGAAAAGAAGGGAGCAACAGGAGCGCCUUGUGGAGGAGAGGAAAAGAAGGGAGCAACAGGAGCGUGUUGAGGAGGAGAGGAAAAGAAGAGAGCAAGAGGAGCAACUUGAGGAGGAGAGGAAAAGAAGAGAAGAGCAGAAAAAGAGGGAAGAACAGAAACGUCUGGAAGAAAAGAGACAGAAGGAAGAAGAGGAGCUUAAACAAAGGGAGGAGGAAAAGAAAAGAAGAGAGCAAGAGGCACUAAGACUGCAGAGGAAAAGAGAAGAAGAGGAGGAGAGGAGGCGCCAAGAAGCCCAGCAGAGACUUCAGGCAAAUGAUGUGGAGUAUACUUUCCCUGAGCUAUCCUACUCACACAGGGCCAAGUCCAAAUCUACUCCAGAGCUGGAUGACAUAGAAAAAAAUGAUAUUAAAGGUGUGUAUAGCAAGCACAGGGGUCUGGCAGGUUGGCUUCUGGAGGAAGAGUUAAGAAGGAAGAAAGAUCCUCAUAUCCUGAGACAGCAAGCUGCAUCUGAGCUGGAACUAGAGAGGAGAAACCUCCUUAGUGCUAUGAGAUACAGUAACCCAGAGAGAGCUGUAAGCAGUGGUCUGGGUGAGAGCACUUUGAAUAAGGCCUACCAGAAUAGGAAAGAGCCGGUAUCUCAGGCUGAAGUAGAAAGGCAGCAGAUCAUUCAGGACAUGAAAAAGAAGACUUCAUUGCUGCCAGACAACAAAUGGAUCAGACAAAGUAGUGUCAACAAUGUGAACAAACAGCCAGCCUACAUUCCCUUGAGGAGGGGUGAGUCUCUGGACAACCUGGAUGUGACAAAGAAUCACCAAUCCUGGAGGUCAUCAUGGACUCCGGAGACCACUUCCUCCAUCCCAGACUAUAGCCGUCCUUAUUCAUCUCUGAGUUCCAGUAGGCCAUUGUUGCCCCAGUCCACAUCUAGCGCCUCCACAAAAACUGAGAAUCAGCCAUCCUCACGAAACAGGUCAGUCAGUGGCAGGAAAACGUGUACUUUCUGUGAUAUGCCACUUGGCAAAGGAGCAGCAAUGAUCAUCGAGUCCCUGGGGCUCUGUUUUCAUUUACAAUGCUUUAAGUGCUGUCAAUGUAAAGCUGACCUUGGUGGCUCAGAAAGUGGAGCUGAAGUCAGGAUACGAAACAAACAGCUUUUCUGUAACUCCUGCUAUAUGCGUCUCAAAACAGGGCAGCCUACAGCCAUGUGACCUUACUGGAUUACAGCAGAUUGAAGAAGAACCUGGUCCACAUACAUAACCAUGAACACUAAUACUGGAGUUAUGCAUGAGGACAAGAACACUAUAGGACGACAGACAAGAUUACUCAAUACACAUAUGUGCUUCCUUUUUACCUAUUAAGAAGGGGGGGUAAAGUUUCCAUAAAGUAUUAUUAACUAUGCUUGCACAAAGUACAAGGGAAAUACAUUCACUUAGAAACUAGCAAUGUAUUUGAAAUUAUUGUCAUUGUGUUCUUUACAAAAGCAAGUUCUUGAUGAUUUGUCAUGUUGGACAUAUGUCAUAGAGGUCUCUUUGGUAGUAAUUUUUGGAUUGAUAGAAUCUGCUGUUUUUCUCAUAGCAUUUUAAGUCUAUCUUCAUCAGACUUCUGUAUGUUAUGGUGUGUUAUCAAAUAUCCUGUCAUCUAUUCUUCAUUGUGCCUUUAUGUUUGUGAUGGGAAAAAAAUAUUUAAAAUAAUUAUAUUAAGAGUAUAUUUAAAAGUGAUAUGGUUUGUAGGAAGAAUUUUGUGGCAUUCAUUUAAGACAUUGAAGUAAGAUUUUCCACAAAGUUUAACAAUCUAAAUACAUGUAAAAGAAAAUGUAUUUACCAAUACUUGUAAAUAAAGUGACCAAAAUGUG